UGUCACGAAGAUGUUGAGAUUCCUGUGCCUUCUGAUCCUGACGACUGCGUUUGCAAACAGAGCCACCUUUGACAACUACCAGGUGCAUCGCGUGGUGCCUGAAAACCAGGAACAACUUAAUAUUCUCAAGGAUCUGGAAGACGACCCAAAUGGCCUGAGUUUCUGGGUGGGUCCAAGCCGAAUCCAGAAAGCCGUUGACAUCAUGAUACCACCCCAUAUGCUGCCACGAUUCAACGACAUUUUGGCAAGCAUCAAUCUAAAAUCCGAAGUUUAUAUCGGCAACGUACAGCAUCUCAUCGACACGGAGCGCCCCAAAGUAAGGCCGACGGUUGAUUUUGGCUGGACAGACUACUACACUCUGGACGAAAUUUACGCGUGGCUUGAUUUCCUGAACGAAACUUACCCUGGGGUCGUGACUCCAAUUGUUGGAGGUGAAUCCUAUGAGGGUCGACAGAUUCAUGGCGUGAAGGUGUCCCACAGGGCAGGAAAUCCUAGCGUCGUUUUGGAAGGAGGAAUCCACGCCCGAGAGUGGAUCAGUCCCGCCACUGUGACAUACAUUCUGAACAAGCUGCUGACUAGUCAGGAUCCAGUGAUGCAGGACCUGGUACAGUCCUUCGACUAUUACGUCUUCCCUGUCGUAAACCCGGACGGCUAUGUGUACACGCAUACAACGGACCGCACAUGGAGGAAGACCCGCAGUCUGUCAAACAACCUUUGCUACGGGGCGGAUCCCAACAGAAACUGGGAUUUCCAUUGGAAGGAGGCCGGAGCCAGCAGCUCGCCAUGUUCUGAUUCGUACGCCGGAGAAUCUCCUUUCUCCGAAAUAGAAACCAGAAGUCUGGGAAGAUACCUCGACGACAUCUCAGACAAUCUUGUCGGGUAUUUGGAUUUCCACAGUUACAGCCAACUGCUCAUGUUUCCUUAUGGCCACACGCACGAGCAUGUAUCCAACUAUGAUGAGCUGUUGGCUGUCGGUUUGGAUGCCGCUGCAGCGCUAGCUCUUAACAACGGGACUCAUUACGACGUGGGCUCCAUAUAUGACGCAAUUUAUCCGGCCAGCGGAGGAAGUAUCGACUGGGUGCGAGGUGUUCUCGACACUCCUUACACCUACGUAUGGGAACUCAGGGACACGGGACGUUACGGCUUCCUGCUUCCAGCCAGUCAAAUCAUCGACACUGCCGAGGAGACACUCAACUCAGCCGUUGUCAUUCUUCAGCACGCGAAAGGGAGACUCCGUGGCAGCAAGAACAACGAAGUUCAAGACAUCGCAAGGCCAUAAACUGCGCUGAUGAAAGGAAUUCUGAUUCAUGUACAAAGGGUCACAUUAAUAUCAGUCGAUUUCAAUUAUACGAUAAAUAAUCUGAGAAUGCAUAUGUUAAAAACAAUUAGGCCUAAGCCACUUCUCUAUAAGUUCUUGUUGCUGUAUAUCAUAGAUUAAUUUUGUGACUUUCGCAAGUGCAUAAGGGAUUUUAUGUCAUUCCGUAAAAUUAUCUGGAAAAUAACGCAUUGAUUAUUGAAUGAAUUGUGUCUGAGAUUGUUAAAAUAUAAUGUGAAACCACGUACUGAAA